GGAAAAAGGAAGACCCCACUAAGCUCUCUACGACUCUACCCUUCGCAUCGUCAUCUCUGGCUCUCGGCUCCCCCGCCUCCUCCCUAAUUGCUUUCACCACUCGCUGGUAACAAGGGAAAAAGAGAGCCAUUAAUCCCACCUUACCAAAUCUCUCUCGCCCCUCUCUCCUCCCGUCUCUUGGCGUACAUAAUGAUUAAUGGGAUCCUCUCCAAGCUUUAGAUCUCUGUGCCCUUUUCCCGUUCUCCCUUCCUUUUGCUUUUAACCCGCCACCGUCUCUCUCUCUCUCUCUCUCCCCGCGCUUUUUCACGAGCAGUGGCGGAAAGAAGAAAAAGGAAGGAGAAGAAACAGCUAGGGUUCCAUCAGAUUACCGUGGAUUAUUUUAGGGUUUUGUUUUCCAGGGCUUCCGAGGAGGAGGAGGAGGAUCGGAUUUUCUUGCCUUUUCCCCAGAUCGCUUCCUCGUUCCUUGCUGCAACCUUGGGCUCGGAUUUGGUAUUCCGGGGUUUUGAAGGAGGAGUUAGGCUGUUGUUUGGGGGAGAAAAAGAUGUGAUAAUUGUUCUGGGGAUUUUGGUGAGCUUUCUGCGAACUGUUGUAACUAAUUGGCGUAACUCAGGGAAGAGUUAUUCUUGUUGAAAAGUGCAAAAGAUCUGCUUCUAUCCUUUGGAGAAUGCUGGGUUUUUUUUUUUUGGGGAUAAAUUUUGUGUUUUUCUGGUAGAGUUUGAUUGCCUGUCGUGGAAAGAAUGGAUUUUUUGAGAUCCUCCAGCAAUCCCAUUCAAUUGACACGUAGUUUGAUGCCGGUGUUUUGUAGUUGAAGGCAUCGGGGCAUCGGGAGCAGUGAAGACCUUGUUUAGAAAUUGUUCAUGGGAAUAUGAUUGUGUGAGGUAUUUUAGAAUCCUAGUGAUGGUAGUAUAGGGAUAUCUAAUGGGGGAUAUAUGGCUGUUUAAGCAAGGAUGGAAGUGGUUUCAGUGUCAGAAGCAGGCUUUUGUGGGCACCCAGGUUGCAGCCAGCUGCACCAGGGACAAGCUCGUGUUUCUGAUCGACCGUCACUGGCCGAUGGUAUACAGCUGGUCCAUAAACGUGGGGAAGUUUUUUUUGAUGCUGCUGGUCCUGUGGAAAGAUUGUGUUGUCAGAGGCUUUUGGUCGUUGAUCAGUUUGGGUUCAGCAGCGCUAUUUGUCAUAAUGUGGAGUUGUUUUCUUAGCUUGACUUCGACAUCUUGCGUUGUUUAUGCCCUUCUAAGUCUGGGGGCUGCUGGGGCAGCCAUUCGCUGUUUAGGCCAUACCCCUGGACUUUUUAUCAUUGGACUGUUUGGAAUUUUGUUUAUGUGGAUAUAUGGCAACUUUUGGAUUACAGGAAUUCUAUUUAUAGCUGGAGGCUAUAUGUUUUCCCUGAAUCAUGCACGGUUUCUGAUACUCAUAGCAACUGCAUAUGCUGUUUAUUGUGUCAAUGCUCGUGUUGGCUGGGUUGGAGUUUUUCUGUCACUAAAUCUCUCUUUCCUUUCAAACGAUCUCCUGAAUAAGUUGCUUCAAGGAUAUGAUGAUACCAAUGAAGGCUCACACUUUGAAGAGCAGAAGAGUUCAGAAUCUUUUGUGGAAGACUUCUCUGCUGAUGCUGAAUAUACUCCUCCAACUAAUGAAUCUGAAAAUGUAGCAUCUGUUAAAUCAUCAUGUACAACAUCCACUGUGCCAACAGUUUUAAAUACUCAGAAAGAAGCUUCUUCUAGCAAGGUCAUCAAAGCUGAUUCAAUGUCAUUGGAUGAGAUGAAAAGAAUAAUGAAUAGCGCAAACCAUUAUGAAGUUCUAGGCUUUCCUCGGAACAAGAGUAUCGAUCCUAAAAUAUUGAAGAAGGAAUACCACAAGAAGGUCUUGCUUGUCCAUCCUGAUAAAAAUAUGGGAAACUCAUUAGCUUGUGAAACAUUCAAAAAGCUUCAAUGCGCGUAUGAGGUUCUUUCAGACUUGACAAAGAAGAAAAGUUAUGAUGAAGAAUUGAGGAAGGAAGAAUCUGGGAGAGUGGGUCAGAAAUCUCGUGGUGCCUCUCAACAGGAUGGGGUGGAGUAUCGCUCUGAAGAAUCCAGGCGUAUAGAGUGCACAAAGUGUGGCAAUUUUCAUAUAUGGAUAUGCACCAAAAGAAGUAAAGCCAGGGCAAGAUGGUGCCAGGAUUGCUCCCAGUAUCAUCAAGCUAAAGAUGGAGAUGGAUGGGUAGAGAUUGGGUGCUCCUCAGUCUCUUCAACACCUCAGAAGAGAUCAGAAUUACAUCUAUUGGCUUAUCACUCUUCUCUGGGGUCGAAAUGGACACUUAAAUUCACUUCUUUGCUGUCAGUGAAAUGGCCAUUUCUUAGCAAGAUACUAUAUGGGAAGAAACAGAGGAAAAUUGAGUCCAUGACGUGGAAAUACCACGGGCUUUCGUAUGUGCUGAGAGCAAAAUAUUCGAUGUGUCUGAGUGGGCCAUUUGUCAGGGAAUGGCAUGCAGGCCUAAUACUCAUCGACCAAGCUUUCAUGUAAAUAUGGUUGGUUUGGAUAAGUCAGGGCAGAGAUCAAACUCCUCCAGAUAUCCAUGGGGUUUGGAUGCUGAGAUGAUUGCCGAGGAUGAUGAAUUUGAGCUAUGGCUUCAGCAGGCCUUGGCAUCUGGUGUCUUUUCUGAGACUCCCAAACGUAGAAAAAGCUGGAGCCCAUUCAAGAUCCAUCAGAAAGGUUUGAAACAAUGGCGGAGAUCUCCAUGAAUGCAAAUUAAGACUUUAAAAACCGGGUUAUAUCUUCAUUGGAGAAGAUAUAUAUCUGGCCUUAAAAGAAAUGAAGAAAAACAUGACACCGAAAGGAACCAUGUGUCUGUAAAUAGAUCAAAGCAUCACUUCCAGACGUGUAGCUCUCUUCAUUUGGGAGAGGGGAAAAGAAAAAUAGGAGGUAGCAGUUUAACAGCUCCGAGAUCGUGAGCUUUUAUUCAGAGGAGCCAUUUUAUGCCCUCAUCAUAGAGUUGUGGAGGAAUAGUGGUGACUGGUGCUUUAAUGUGUCCAUUCCAACAUUUUUAUGUUUCACACUGCAUGCUGGCUUCUGCUUUAAUAGUUCUGAUCUCUGGUGUCUUUUGAGGCCUUGAAAUGUGGGAAUGGCUGUAUCUGAUGCAUCAGAAGAAAGGCGUGAGAACCAUGCAUUGUUGGAUGAUGGACUGGCAGAAUAUGGGGUGCAUGAGGUCUCUAUCCUCCAUCUUUUGCGGUGAAAUAAAGAAAAAUACUAAAAAGGGACUACACGUAUAUAGAUCAGAGGCAUGCCGUGGAGGUAAAGUGUUUUCUAAAGAUGUUGUACGCUAGAUGACCUGGUGAGCACAAUGUAAAUUUCAAGCCUGCCAAGUGGAGGGCCUCUUGCAAGCUAGCAAAGAACUACUAGUGAUUGAAGUUCCAAGUGUUUCUCCUCACCUGUUCAUAUUUUCUUAGCAUUUGUGUUAUGACAUCUCUUUCUCUAAACAAUGAUCUUUGUAUGUUUAACAUUACAGGAACAAAGAAUAAUUAUUUUCUAUAUGAGGCGAAGCUUCGUAGCAUUCUCAUGUGAUAA